CACAAUCCUGUGAAUUAUUUUGUUAGAAUUCCAAUGAAAAUUCACUUCGGAAAUUGUCAUUGUAAAUGAGCAUUCUCGGUACGCCGGCGUAUGUAGUUUAUGUACCCUAAAUGUCAUAUUUUGUUAUUCGAUGGUUUGCCGACAAAAACCCGAAACCUAAUUCUCGCGAACAACAAAGUUUAGCGAAUUAUUUGAAGUCGGACGAACCCGCAAUAACUUCAACUAGGGGACAAGUAUCGGUGUACUAUCACGGGAAUAUGGCUAUGACAGAUAUGUCUAAUAGGCUACCUAGUUUUAUAACUUUUGCUUUGGAGAAGAUACGCAGUCGUGGAGGGAAGUGUUCCCUGUUCAGUGUGGGAUGCUAGCAGACCGGUGGCAAGCCGAGGCUGAAGGAGCAUGGUGAAGCACCAACCCUUGCAGCAGGUCUAUGAGAAGCAGCUGUGUUUGUCCUUCCUCACUGGGAUCUAUGGCUGCCGCUGGAAACGCUACCAGCGUUCCCAUGACAACAGCUCCAAGUGGGAAUGUGCAUGGUUCAUCAUCUUGUGCAGCACCUUCUCCCUGCUCCUCUUCUGGGCUUACUUCUGGUUGGAGGCCCACAAUGACUACAACCAAUUCAACUGGUUACUAUACAACCGUUCUGGGGAAUGGAAGGACGGCACUGUCCCCAUUCUCGCAACCACCGCAGUUGGCUUUAGUUACAUAACAUUUUUAAUGAUUUUAGCACUCUGUCAUAUUUCACUGGGACAGCAGCUGAACCUCUACUGGAUCCACAAGAUUGGUGUGUUGGCUGCCUUGAUCACCACUGUCAGUGGUGUGGUCUCCAUCAGUGACGUGUGGGGGGACGAAUGGGACAUCAUUCUUAUAUCGCUACAGUCCACAGGUCCUUUCCUGCACAUAGGAGCUCUGGCUGCUGUCACAGCGCUGGGUUGGCUGGUCGCUGGACUUGUGAUCCGUGCAGGGAGAACCAAGUUCCACAUGAUUGUGCUGCUUGUCUACCUAAGUGUCCUGCUGGUCUUCUACAUGGUUCCCCUUGCCAUCACCUCACCCUGCAUCAUGGACAGGAACAGCCUCAAACCUCGACCUGAUGUCAUUGGAAGACGGGGGGCUCCAAUGCUGGCUCCAGAGAACACCCUGAUGUCCUUCAACAAGGCCCUGCAACAGGGGGUCAGCUCCCUGGAGGCCGACGUCUCCGUCAGUCUGGACGGUGUGCCCUUCCUGAUGCGAGACCGCACCCUGAGAAGGACUACUAACAUUGCCAAGGUCUUUCCAGACAAACAGCACGAGGACGCCUCUCUCUUCAAUUGGACAGAGAUUCGCUCUCUAAAUGCGGGGCAGUGGUUUUUGGAGAGCGACCCCUACUGGACAGUUGGGUCUCUGACAGGGAGGGAACGGAACCGAAUGGGGAACCUGACAGUGUGUAGCCUGGUAGAGAUGCUCCGCCUGACAGCCAGGGCCAACCGCUCAGCCCUGUUAAACCUCCAUAGACCUCCCCCAGAACACCCACACUACAAGACCUGGAUCAUGGACACCCUGUGGGCCGUCCAGAGGUCUGGGAUAUCACAGAAGAGGGUGACGUGGACCCCGGACACAGACAGGGGCCGUGUCAGGGGGCUGCAGCAGACCUCCUUAGAGAAACUGUCAGUGGAGGAGUUCAGACACAGGGGCAUCAGCAGCCUCACCCUGCGCUACUCACAGGCCAGUAACAAGGACAUUCAGGACUUCCUGGUGAACAACAUGAGUGUGAUGGUGUACCCGGUGAAUGAGCCGUGGCUCUACUCAGUGCUGUGGUGCAGCGGAGUGCCUUCUGUCUCCUCCGACGCCCCCCAGGUCCUCCGGAAGGUGCCCUACCCCAUCUGGCUCAUGAGCCCAUAUGAAUACUGCUUAGUCUGGAUCACCUCAGAUCUUGUCUCCAUCGCCAUAGUUACAGGAAUAUUCAUCUUUCAAAAAUGGAGGAUGAGUGGCAUGCAGAACUACAACCCAGAGCAGAUCAUGCUGAGUGCUGUGACACGCCGGCCCAGCCGAGACGUCAACAUCAUGAAGGAGAAACUCAUAUUCUCAGAGGUAAGCAAUGGAGUAACCAAUACAGAUGAACAUUUAUAUCCAGAGAAUGGCUAUGACAUUGGGCAGUACAAGUGAGCUGUGUCUGUAUACCGGGAGAAUGGCCAGGACAAUGCACACUACAGAUGAAUUGUCUCUGCACCUGUUUGAGCUGGUUGUGCUAACUACACUUACGACGGCAUCACACGGAGACUGCAACAGAUAGAAUCACAAUGGCUGCUACUUUAAACUUAGAUGUUUCUUCCAACAUGUUAGAACUUUGAACUUCUAAAAGUUGUGAAUGUUCAAUGUUUUGAAGACUGUUGAUCUACUUGCUGGAGUGACCUUUUUAAAAGUUGUAUUUCAAGCUCUGAAGGAUCAUGGGAUGUUUUUUCUUCUCAACUGUACAUUUUUGUAAAUAUGACUGUUUUCAAUGAUUUUCUUUUCCCUCUGAGAGGAUUGUCAUGGUUUGGUGUUCUAAAUGGUAUGCUAUUAUAAGACUGAAUUCACUCUCAUGAUGAGUAGUGUGUGUCCUCUCCUAUCGAUGUGUGAAGGACAUUUGGGAAUGUCAUUGGGAAUGUACACUGUUCUUGCAUUGUGGUUAUACAGGUAUGAACAUGAAGGGAAUUCAAUAGUCAACAUAGUCCAUGUUGCAAUCAUAUUUUGUCAUGCCAUGAUUGGUUUGCUUUAGGUUGAAGUUAUUAUAUCCUUAUCUCUUCACGUGGCUGCCUUUUUGUAAACUAGUUUCCUGGUAUGUUACAAUAAGAGUCUGUUGCAGCGGCAGUGUGUUUCAGUACUUAUAUUGUUAUGACACAACUCCUAGAAAUAUUAUUUCAGGAACAGUACCAGUCAAAAUUUUGGACACCUACAGUACUCAUUCCAGGUUGUUUUCUUUAUUUUUACUAUUUUCUACAUUGUAGAAUAAUCAAAACAAUUAAAUAACACAUGGAAUCAUGUAGUAACCAAAAAAGUGUUAAACAGAUCAAAUAUAUUUUACAUUUGAGAUUCUUCAAAGUAGCCACCCUUUUCCUUGACUGCUUUGCACACUCUUGGCAUUCUCUCAACCAGCUUCCUGAGGUAGUCAAUUAAAGUGCAUUUCAAUUAACAGGUGUGCCUGGUUAAAUUAAUUUGUGGAAUUUCUUUCUUUCCUUAAUGUGUUUUAGCCAAUCAGUUGUGUUGUGACAAGGUAGGGGUGGUAUACGAAAGAGAGCCCUAUUUGGUAAAAUACCAAGUCCAUAUUAUACCAAGAACAGCUCAAAUAAGCAAAGAGAAAUGACAAUCCAUUAUUAUUUUAAGACAAUGUCAUUCAAUCUGGAAAAUUUCAAGAACUUUGAAAGUUUCUUCAAGUGCAGUCACAAAAACCAUCAAGCGCUAUGAUGACUGGCUCCCAUCACGACAUCAAUAAGUGCUUCACAGAUUUAAAGUAACAGACACAUCUCAACAUCAACUGUUCAGAGGAGACUGCCUGAAAUAGGCAUUCAUGGUCGAAUUGCUGCAAAGAAAUCACAACUAAAGGACACCAAUAAGAAGAGACUUGCUCUGUCUUUGUGAGAUGCAAAGUAGGUGAAUUGAUAAUCUCUGCAUGUGUAGUUCCCACCAUAAAGUAUUGAGGAGGAGGUGGGAUGGUGCUUUGCUGGUGACACUGUCAAUUAUUUAUUUAGACUUCAAGGCACACUUAAUCAGCAUGGCUACCACAGUAUUCUGCAGUGAUACACUAUCCCAUCUGGUUUGCACUUAGUGGGACUAUCAUUUGUUUUUCAACAGGACAAUGACCCAACACACCUCCAAGUUGUGUAAAGGGCUAUUUGACCAAGUAGGAGAGUGAUGGAGUGCUACAUCAGAUGAUCUGGCCUCCACAAUCCCCUGACCUCGACCCAAUUGAGAUGGUUUGGGAAGAGUUGGACUGCAGAGUGAAGGAAAAGUGCUCAGCAUAUGUGGGAACUACUUCAAGACUGUUGGAAAAGCAUUCCAGGUGAAGCUGGUUGAGAGAAUGCCAAGCGUGUGCAAAGCUGUCAUCAAGGCAAAGGGUGGCUACUUUGAAGAAUCUAUAAUAUAAAAUGUGUUUAUUAAACACUUUUUUGGUUACUACAUGUUUCCAUAUGUGUUAUUUCAUAGUUUUAAUGACUUCACUAUUCUACAAUGUAGAAAAUAGUCCAAAAAAAACCUUGAAUGAGUAGGUGUUUCAGAUCUUUUGACUUGAACUACACUGCUCCAAAAAAUAAAGGGAACACUUAAACAACACAAUGUAACUCCAAGUCAAUCACACUUCUAUGAAAUCAAACUGUCCACUUAGGAAGCAACACUGAUUGACAAAUUUCACAUGCUGUUGUGCAAAUGGAAUAGACAACAGGUGGAAAUUAUAGGCAAUUAGCAAGACACCCCCAAUAAAGGAGUGGUUCUGCAGGUGGCAACCACAGACCACUUCUCAGUUCCUAUGCUUCCUGGCUGAUGUUUUGGUCACUUUUGAAUGCUGGUGGUGCUUUCACUCUAGUGGUAUUAUGAGACGGAGUCUACAACCCACACAAGUGGCUCAGGUAGUGCGGCUCAUCCAGGAUGGCACAUCAAUGCGAGCUGUGUCUGUCAGCGUAGUGUCCAGAGCAUGGAGGCGCUACCAGGAGACCGGUCAGUACAUCAGGAAACGUGGAGGAGGCCGUAGGAGGGGAACAACCCAGCAGCAGGACCGCUACCUCCGCCUUUGUGCAAGGAGGAGCACUGCCAGAGCCCUGCAAAAUGUGUCUGCUCAAACGGUCAGAAACAGACUCCAUGAGGGUGGUAUGAGGGCCUGAGGUCCACAGGUGGGGGUUGUACUUACAGCCCAACACCGUGCAGGGAGGUUUGGCAUUUGCCAGAGGAUACCAAGAUUGGCAAAUUCGCCACUGGCGCCAUGUGCUCUUCACAGAUGAAAGCUGGUUCACACUGAGCACGUGACAGAGUCUGGAGACGCCGUGGAGAACGUUCUGCUGCCUGCAACAUCCUCCCGCAUGACCGGUUUGGCGGUGGGUCAGUCAUGGUGUGGGGUGGCAUUUCUUUGGGGGGGCCGCACAGCCCUCCAUGUGCUCGCCAGAGGUAACCUGACUGCCAUUAGGUACCGAGAUGAGAUCCUCAGACCCCUUGUGAGACCAUAUGCUGGUGCGGUUGGCCCUGGGUUACUCCUAAUGCAAGACAAUGCUAGACCUCAUGUGACUGGAGUGUGUCAGCAGUUCCUGCAAGAGGAAGGCAUUGAUGCUAUGGACUGGCCCACCUGUUCCCCAGACCUGAAUCCAAUUGAGCACAUCUGGGACAUCAUGUCUCGCUCCAUCCACCAACGCCAUGUUGCACCACAGACUGUCCAGGAGUUGGUGGAUGCUUUAGUCCAGGUCUGGGAGGAGAUCCCUCAGGAGACCAUCCGCCACCUCAUCAGGAGCAUGCCCAGGCAUUGUAGGGAGGUCAUACAGGCACGUUGAGGCCACACACACUACUGAGCCUCAUUUUGACUUGUUUUAAGGACAUUACAUCAACGUUGGAUCAGCCUGUAGUGUGGUUUUCCACUUUAAUUUUGAGUGUCACUCCAAAUCCAGACCUCCAUGGGUUGAUAAAUUUGAUUUCCAUUGAUAAUUUGUGUGAUUUUGUUGUCAGCACAUUCAACUAUGUAAAGAAAAAAGUAUUUAAUAAGAAUAUUUCAUUCAUUCAGAUCUAGGAUGUGUUAUUUUAGUGUUCCCUUUAUUUUUUGAGCAGUGUAUAUGUGGAAAUAAAGCAAUAGAUGUGUCCCUUUAUCUUGGGGAAACAUGACUGUGUAGUUGUACAUCAUACUAUGGAUAUAUAUAUUUUUUACCUCUGUGCAAAUGUACUUACUGUCAUUUUUAAAGUGUUUCUAGUCGAUAUUAAACCCCAUAGUUGUGUGAGUUGGCAAAACAAGUAUAUUUUUAAAUUGCAGUGUUUCACAGAUCUGUUCUUUAAGGGUCCUGAUUGUGCUAUUAUAAACAUUUCUCCAUUCAUUAUACAUGGCACACUGCUAACAACAGAAUGGUCAAAUCUGUUCAGUUUAGGAUUAUACAUUUAGGAAUAAAUAGGCCUGUGUUGGAUUAGGCCCAAUCCAGGAUAUAUGGUGUUAAUGAACACUUCCACCAUGUGGACUCCUGCUCUGAAUUAAGGGUGGAGUGAUGUUCCUCUCAGAUUUCCAUCUGAAAUCAGCCACUUGCUUAAAUAAAGAAUGUAAAUGUA